CGGACGCUGCGGCCCCACGACAGGGGUGACAGGGGCGGAGGCAGCCGCUCGCGCCCCUCCUGGCGCCGCCUCCCCGGGCGUGCUUGGCCCUGCGGAGCGCAGCCUCAGGUGCCCGGGGGCUGGAGGGCACGCGCGAGGGCGGGAGCCAGGCGUCCCCUGUCCCGGGACAGUGAGCCAAGACUGAAGUUCAAGGCCUUCCCUGUGAACUGACAUUUGUGGCUGGUCAAGCUCAGGAACAAGACGUUGUCUUCACAGGUUGGUGCUCUGUGGCCUGCCUGGCCACAUCCGUCCGACAUGGUAGACACAGAGAGCCCCAUCUGUCCUCUCUCCCCACUGGAGGCAGAUGACCUGGAAAGUCCCUUGUCUGAAGAAUUCUUACAAGAAAUGGGAAACAUUCAAGAAAUUUCUCAGUCCAUCGGAGAGGAGAGUUCUGGAAGCUUUAGUUUUGCGGACUACCAGUACUUGGGAAGCUGUCCAGGCUCCGAGGGCUCUGUCAUCACAGACACCCUCUCUCCAGCUUCCAGCCCCUCCUCAGUCAGCUUCCCUGUGAUCCCUGCCAGCACGGAUGAGUCCCCUGGCAGUGCCCUGAACAUCGAGUGUCGAAUAUGUGGGGACAAGGCCUCAGGAUACCACUAUGGAGUCCACGCAUGUGAAGGCUGCAAGGGCUUCUUUCGGCGAACUAUUCGGCUAAAGCUGGUGUACGACAAGUGUGAUCGAAACUGCAAGAUUCAGAAAAAGAACCGGAAUAAAUGCCAGUACUGCCGUUUCCACAAGUGCCUGUCCGUCGGGAUGUCACACAAUGCAAUCCGUUUUGGAAGAAUGCCAAGAUCUGAGAAAGCAAAACUGAAGGCAGAAAUUCUCACCUGUGAACACGAUCUAAAAGAUUCAGAAACUGCAGACCUCAAAUCUCUGGCCAAGAGAAUCCACGAAGCCUACCUGAAGAACUUCAACAUGAACAAGGUUAAGGCCCGGGUCAUACUCGCGGGAAAGACCAGCAACAACCCGCCUUUUGUCAUACAUGACAUGGAGACAUUGUGUAUGGCCGAGAAGACGCUUGUGGCCAAGAUGGUGGCCAAUGGCGUCGAAAACAAGGAGGCAGAGGUCCGAAUCUUCCACUGCUGCCAGUGCAUGUCCGUGGAGACUGUCACAGAGCUCACAGAAUUUGCCAAGGCUAUCCCGGGCUUUGCGAACUUGGACUUGAAUGACCAAGUUACCUUGCUAAAGUACGGUGUGUAUGAAGCCAUCUUCACCAUGCUGUCCUCCUUAAUGAACAAAGACGGGAUGCUGAUCGCGUACGGCAAUGGCUUCAUCACACGAGAGUUCCUGAAGAACCUGAGGAAGCCGUUCUGUGACAUCAUGGAACCCAAGUUUGACUUCGCUAUGAAGUUCAACGCCCUAGAACUGGAUGACAGUGACAUUUCCCUGUUUGUGGCUGCUAUAAUUUGUUGUGGAGAUCGGCCUGGCCUUCUAAACAUAGGCUACAUUGAGAAGCUGCAGGAGGGGAUUGUGCAUGUGCUCAAGCUCCACCUGCAGAACAACCAUCCGGAUGAUACCUUUCUCUUCCCAAAACUCCUUCAAAAAAUGGUGGACCUUCGGCAGCUGGUCACGGAGCAUGCGCAGCUCGUGCAGGUCAUCAAGAAGACCGAGUCGGACGCAGCGCUGCACCCACUAUUGCAGGAGAUCUACAGAGACAUGUACUGAUUUUUUUUUUCCUGAGAUGGCAGGGUCAUUGCCACUGUUCAGGGACCUCUGAGGUCUGCGGCCCCAUAGAGGAGAGCAGGGAUUUGCACAGACGGUGUCCCUCCAAUCCUUGGAGACGAAGAGAACUGAGCCUAGGUAAUGCAGGCUCUUCCCACGCCCUUAUGUUCUGAAUGGACACUUCUAAGACUACCUGCUACCGAAAUGGGGGUGAUCAGACACUAAUAGGAUUCAGACAAUUACAGACAAUGGCAGUCCCCAGUCUGAUCUUAACUGGCCCGUUGUUAAUCACUGCCCAGCAUUCUACAUUGCAUUUAUAAUUCGCCAUUAAUUAACGGGUAACUUCAAAGUCCGAGCGGUCUAUUCCUUCCUGCCGUCCUUCUGGCUGCUGUGUGCACUCUCAUAGAUCCCUGAAAACUAAUCUGCACUUUUUAACCUUUAAAAACCUACAAGUCAAGGUGUGGCCCAAGGUUGGCCAUUUAAACGUGGCACAAAAAAAAAAUGUUUAUUGGGAAGAUUUCACUUGUGUUUCCUGGCUCUAAGAACAAGAGCUGGCUUCUGAGAACAUUCAAGAAUAGUUUGAUAAGAUAUCCCAUCAUUCUGUGGUCUCACUGUUCCUGAGUGUGUAACUGACUCGUGGGGGUAAAAAAAAUUUUUUUUUCAGAUUCAUGUAGAAGAUUCACAGAAAGUUACAUCUCAAGAAGCCUUAGGAGGCCUUUAUCUGUCUGACAGAUAAAGACCAUGAGCCCUGAGCGCCUAGUUCUGCACCUCCGCUCAUGUCAGACCCUCAGCAUGUGGGUCUGACAGCAAUAUCAGAGGUAGAUUCACAAAAGAUCUGUAAAUGCUCCUCCAGCCCUGCCCCCUUCGGCAGCUCCUUUGAUAUGACACUUUACUGCUUUAAAAAACAAAAACAACUCUUGGUGAUAAGAUGCGCUCUCUCUCUCUCUCUCUCUCUC